AUGGAGAAGACACCAAAGAAGAAGAAACUAAGUGAAUCAGGAUCGAGGCAGAGCCUAGGCGGCAGCCCAAGGACCAGCAGGUGCAACUCAAGGACCAGCCAAUGCAGCGGUGGAGAACAGACGAGACCCCAUCAUCCAGCUGCAGCGCUAGCAGUGGACGACGACGAUGCUGUCUUCAUUGGGCUGGCCUCCGAAUUGAAGGAGGAAGGAACGAGGCUUUUCCAAACAAGGGACUAUGAGGGGGCAGCGUUCAAGUUUGACAAGGUGAUCAAGCUAUUGCCACAGGGGCAUAACGAUAUGGCCUUCCUGCACUGCAACAUCGCAGCAUGCUACAUGCACAUGAAUCCUGAGGAGUAUCAUCGUGCCAUCGACGAGUGUAACUCGGCGCUAGAGGCGUCACCGACGUACACGAAGGCACUGCUCAAGAGGGCCCGGUGUUUCGAAGCCCUAGACAGGCUGGAUCUAGCCUGUAGGGAUGUGGAGAAGGUUCUGAGCUUGGAGCCCAACAACGUGACGGCGUCAGAACUCUAUGAGAGUAUUAAGGAGGUGAUGGAGAUGGACGAGCAGGUCUCGUCGCUGCAGAAAUGUCAGGUUGACGAGCCUGCUGCGAUCAAUAUCGCAAAGGAGAGGAUACAGAGGAGGGUGUCGCGGAAAUUUAGAAAUUCCAUAGUCGAGGAGGAGGUAUGGGAGAUGAUGAUUCAUGAGAAUAAUGAAGAGCAGCAGGAAGAGGAGGAGGAGGAUCAUGGGAACAAUAACAGUAAUAAUAACGAGGAUGGCGAGAAACACAGCAGCAGUAAAGAGGACGCCGUUAGCGAGAUGCAGGAGAAGCGCAGCAGCCUGCAGGACAGGCACCCUGAAGAGACCAAAACCUUCAGGAGCGCUGACUACAACAAGCAAGGUGGCGUAACAAAUACUAACAACGAAGCAGGGGGAGUGGGGAGGAGGUAUGCCCAAGCCCAAGAUAGCCAUGAAAAGCAUCUCAACGAGAUACUGGUGAAACGCAUCCAGCCUGAGAAGCAGGGGAAGCACACGACGACACAGAAUCAAGCAGCCAGCAGCAUGGAGAGGCGUAAUAAGAAGCAUUUUGAGGUCGGCAGCCAUAGCAAGCAAGAGAAGCAGCAGCAGGACAAGCAGUAUGAGAGGUACACUAACGCCAACGUCAGCCUGCAGGGGAAGCACUCCUUGGUGGAGGAAAAGUAUGAGAUGAGGUAUAUGCUGCCAGAAAAGCAGAUUACCACCAUCAAAGCGGCAAAUAACUACGGUAGAGAAAAGCAUACCAAAUACUUUGCUAGUAGGGAGAAUCAGAAUCAUGAAGCUGCUGCUGCUGCCAGCAUACAAGUGGUAAAGAAGAAAUUUAAGUUUGUCCAUGGGGACGACAUACGGAUCGUUUUAAUUCCAGAAAGCUGCAGCCUGUUGCAUGUGAUGGACAUCGCUCGGUACAAGUACAACCCACACCUCAAGUCGUUCCUUCUGAAAUUUAUGGACAAAGAGGGGGACCUGGUGACCAUCACCUCCACCGAAGAUUUAAGGUGGGUCGAGGACCUCUACCCGCAAGUCCCGGUGCGGCUGCAUAUAAAAGAGGUGAGUCCCGAGCGGGAGAUCACUAGGGACCUGAUGUCCUCCUCUUUCGCGGAACACCGAGAGCAGAACCAUUACAGCAGCACCUCCCACGACUAUGAGUGUGGAAGCUCGAGGAAGGAAGCAGACGAACGGAAUAAUCCUCCCUGCACCACCGAUGACUGGAUGAUGCAGUUCGCUCGCCUGUUCAAGAACCACGCUGGCUUCGAUUCUGAUGCAUGCGUGGAUCUCCAUGACCUUGGCAUCCGGCUGUACUACGAGGCGAUGGAGGACACCAUCACAAGUGAAGAAGCGCAGGAGAUAUUCCAAGCAGCAGAGGCCAAGUUUCAGGAAAUGGCGGCGCUGGCAUUGUUCAACUGGGGUAACGUCCACAUGUCCCGUGCAAGGAAGCGACUGAUUUUAUCUGAGGAUACCUCUAAGGAGUCCAUACUUGCCCAGGUGAAGUCAGCGUACGAAUGGGCCUGCACUGAGUAUGUCAAGGCUGGGAAGAAGUUCGAAGAUUCUGUGGAUGUGAAGCCGGACUUUUAUGAAGGGCUUAUUGCGCUCGGGCAGCAACAGUUUGAGCAAGCCAAGCUUUCUUGGCGUUACGCUGAUACGUGCAAAGUAGACAUGGGAACCGAAGUGUUAGAACUUUUCAACCAUGCUGAAGACAACAUGGAAAAGGGAAUGGAGAUGUGGGAAGGGAUCGAGUAUCUGCGAGUCAAAGGGUUGUCUAAGUCAAGGAUGGGGAAGAUCGUAGUGGAUAAACUGGGUCUCAAUGAGCAGAGAAAAGAUUUAUCUCCGGAUGAAGCCUUUGAACAGGCCUCAAACAUGCGCUCGCAGCUAAACAUUUCAUGGGGCACCAUUCUUUAUGAACGCUCAGUAGUAGAAUUCAAGUUAGGACUCUCUAGCUGGGAGGAGAGUCUUCAAGAAGCCAUUGAAAAAUUUAAGACCGGAGGAGCUUCGGUAGCAGACAUCAGUGUGAUGGUAAAGAAUCACUGUGUCAACGGAAACAAUCAAGAAGGAUUAAGCUUCAACAUUGAUGAGAUAGUCCAAGCAUGGAACGAAAUGUACGAUGCUAAAAAGUUAAAAAAUGGUAGUUCUUCUUUCCGGCUCGAACCUAUAUUUCGAAGGAGGCCUUCAAAGCUGCAUAAUAUACUAGAGCACAUACACUACACGUGA